GUGAUUCCUCAGAAAAUGUCCUCUUCGUCCUCGUCAUCUAGUGGAAGCUCCAGAGGCUCGACGCCUGAGCCGGCUCAGAAACGCAAGCGCGAAGAUGAGCAGGAUGAGCAGGACUCGGAUGCUGAGAGCUCGGACUCCGAAUCUGAAUCUGAAGCUGGAGCCGACACCGACGCCGCACCCACACCUGCGGCCGAAUCCGACGAUCCUGUCCUCUCGCACGCGGAGAAACGUCGCCAGAAGAAACGUGAAAAACAAGAGAAAGCAGAUGCCAAGGUCUCCAAGAAACGGAAGCUAGACAAUGGGUCCAGUGCGACAGACAAAUCGAAGCGCCAGAACUCGGUCUGGGUCGGGAACAUGUCGUUCAAGACGACUCCGGAGGCGUUGAAGGAAUUCUUCAAGGACGCAGGAGAGGUGACGAGGGUACAUAUGCCGACUAAGCCGAGCAGAACACCUGGGAUGCGGCCUGAAAAUCGAGGAUUUGCCUACGUUGAUUUCGCGACGCAAGAAGCAAAGGUCAAUGCCGUGCUCAUGUCGGAGAACAAUCUUUUGGGCCGCAAACUACUGAUCAAGGAUGGAAGCGAUUUCACCGGGAGACCCAGUGCUCCAGCUGCAGCCACCGAGGACGCGAGUGGAACCACGCACUCGAAAACGGCACAGAAGAUCCUAAGGAUACAAAAGCAGCCCGCUGCUCCGACGCUGUUCCUCGGAAACCUGGCGUUCCAGACAACCGAAGAAGACAUCCGACAGCUUUUCAAUGCUCACCGACCCAAGAAGGCGAAGGGAGAUCCGGAGGAGAAGCCUGAGGAAUGGAUACGUAAGAUUCGUAUGGGGACGUUCGAGGACACGGGGAAAUGCAAAGGGUUCGCGUUCAUCGACUUCACCACCACGGAGCACGCCACGUCUGGCCUGACGAACCCGAAGAACCACUCCCUGAACGGGCGGCAACUCGUGGUCGAGUACGCCUCGGCCGACGCGGUGCGCCGAGGCGCGGUGAAGACACACCUCAAGGACAAAGAGGGUGCUGUCGGAGGAGGAGUAGGUCCCCGCAAGAGAUUCGAGCGGGAUGCCCAGCCGCGCGUGCCGCGGCAGAAGUCGGAAUGGCAUUCGCACCCCAAGGCAGAGACCGAUGCAGCGACUGAGGAUGUGACGAUGGACGGCAAUACGCCUUCUGCGGAGCCUGCAGCGGGACGUCCACAGCGGCCGCAGAAAGGCCCCAAGCACCGGCCGAAGCCGGGAGCUGCGCUUGCGCUUGCCAAACGCGAGUCUGCCGCCAUCAUGCCUAGCCAGGGCAAAAAAGUCGUCUUUUGAGGCGACAUCCCAGGAGCGUGCCGUGCUGUACAUAGCAUGUUGUGUUCUGAAAUUACUGUACCGGGACUUUCAAUGGGAAUGAGCGAGAAUGUGGUGCUGAUAGUCACACUCGGCCGCUCGAAUUGUCUCGAAUCUCAAGUUUUGUGAAUAUUUGUUGUGAAAGCAUGUCUCCAGUGGUCAUAACGAGAUAGCGACGCACGCCAUGUACCUGAGAUGCGGCCAAGCGCGAACAGGAGAAAGAUGGUGCCUCUUAUCUGAGAAACCUCUGUAGGGGACAACUUGGACCAAGCGCAAAUGAGAAAGAGGUGAUGAUCUCGUUCAAGUCCUGUCAUGUGACGUGACAGUCGCGUUCAAUAACGCGUCUCAGACUGAGCUUGCCCCUGUUCGCGCCCCGGAUUUCUAGCCUGUGCGCUGGAACUCCAUGCUCAUACCAGGCAACAUCGUGAUCCUGCUUUCCAAUCUCGAAGCUCACCGCAGAGGUUUCUAUGAAAAUGGCGACAGUAGUGGGGAGGCUCUUUUUGCCCCGCCGUGCCGAUGCGGAUCCACGGGCACAAAUCUCCUCGCGAGCAAGGCGUAGCUGCUCGCCGCGCCCUUACUCUGCCGUGUGGCUGACUCCCAAGCGCUCAUUACGCCUAUGGCAAGUGCGCUUUCGUAGAGUGGGAACUGUCAGGGGCAGUCUUUUUAAGUCGGCUGAGGAUCGAGGGUGGUAUGUUUGUGUGCCGCGAUCUCUUGCGCCGUCCCUAAGGAUAGAACCGAGGGCUGAUGUGAGCGCUCUUUGCCCAUCUAUCUGAUGUGCCCGAAAAAGAGUCCUUCUGACGAGCUUGCAGGACACCCCAGUGGAGAUCGUGCCGCAGCGUCCGAAUCUUGUCUCGGAUAGUUCUCAAGCCCUCAUAUCUCGUGUUUGUGCUUCUUUCGCAGACGGAAGCCGAAAUGCAGCUCGAAGCGACAAUGACAACGAUAACCUCUGCUGGUGAUAAUCUUGACCUGAACUCAGGAAACGUCCCGGCAUCGGGCGAAUGGCGUGCCAGGUUAUGUUUGUCCUCCCCCAUCGUGCGGCUUCAGUAGCGUUGGCUUUCACAUGUUUGUUCGGGAGGGUGAUCGAAAUCGAUAUGCCUUCUGCCUGCGAUGCUCUGCGGAUGGAAUACAUGCGACGCCGGGAACAAGAUGCGAUCUGGCCAAGACUCUUCUCUCCCUCUUCUCUCCAUUGCCGAACCGGAGUCUGCAUCCACUGGUGGGGGACAAGGGCGAUGACGCAUCCAUUGCGCAAAUUCCAGACGGGGAUGCCGAUGGGGAAGACGGCUGCUGCAAGAGAAGCCGCUUGGCCUGUUUAUGGGUGUGGUGGGGUGGCGGGAGGGGGGCGGGUUGCCCCCACGGUCCUAAUGAGGAACAGCCGGGGUGUGCAAGCCAUUUGCGACUGCGGAUGUCGAAGGUCGCCACAGAUCUUGUGUCCGGAAUCGUCCGUCGGUGUUCCCGACAUACAUCUAGAUCUCUCUCUGUCCCUCUCAUCAUCUGGUGGGUGGGCCCAUCUGCAGACUCUGACGCAGGUGGGAGAAACGAAAUCUGGGCCUGGUUUCCUGCCGCAGAUUAUUACGCAGACAAGACUUGACCGACUGUAACUAUCUGAGGGCUGCUGCUGAAAGCUCCGUCUUCUCUUGGAGGCCAAGUGAAGCAAAUGUAAUGGGAAGCUCUGGCUUGCCAAUGCUCAGCAUCUUCGUCUCCGUCCCUCAUAGGAGGUGGACUGGGCACUCGGCGCAAGAAUAUGUUCCCGAGCUUCACAGACAUUGUCCCCGCUCGACGGCGCGCCAUUAGAUUGCCGGCUCUGUGCACUGAAACAACUUUAUCUGGAAAUGAAUCACAUGCGCGCCGGCGUUCGAAGUCUUCGCGCCUUUCUCUGCUACAUCCGGUGCCCGGCUGAACUCGGCGCUGGCCGAGGCAGAGGUUGUUCCCUCGUCUAAUCUGGUCGAGGACGGAGUGAGAGCUGAUAUCUUCAUUGGGAUAGUGGCAGAUUACGAUCGAGGACAAAGAAACGAGACGUCAAGAAAAGUUCUGGGGCCAACUGGGGCGGAGAAUCUGCGCAAGCACGGGGUCAGCGGGGCCGGCCUGAAGUGGAAGCCGAGACUCGAUGCGAGCCGGGGGGCAGAGCGAUCUCCAGUCGCGUUGCACAUGAUAUCCGACUUUCUUACAAAUUCACCGGCACCAGCGUCAACCUGAGAUUCGAGAUGGGACCCUCGCAUCAGCAUCGGUCAUUAUGUCCGAGCCUGAUUGCGGACGGAAGUGACGUGCACAAUCUCUGAGCCGGGGGAGACAGGUGGAUCGAAAACGGACAAUUCGUCCGAUCCUUGCAACCUACGCUUGCGUAGGUCUCGCGCAUAUACUCCUAUUCAAGAACAGCGCCUGUUUCACGCAUCUUCACGCACACUCCGGCCCUGCUGCUAUCGAGUUCCGACCCUUGUCAGGACUUGUCUAUCAAUUGACAAGCACGCGGGGAGAGGUGCCCCCAAAAGGGACUGUUGACCCCCACCCUGUGUAGACUCACUCUGGAACCAAAAAUUCAUUCAUGGAGUCCUUUUGAGUCGGACUCGACUGUGACCGACUUUAUCAGGGCUCAAGCGAGCUGAGCAGCAUUGCAUGCCAGAGCUACGAAUAGAAAUCGCCUAUAAUGGAGUAAAAGCCGGGCUUGGACGACCUUCCCGUCUCAGAGAAACUGCGCGCCCGAGUCUCUUGGCACGACGUCCUCGCAUCCGAUCCAUUCCAGCCACUCUCUAACAGCGCCGAGCCCUUUCAAAAACACCUCCGACGGUCUCCCAUCCUCCACUUUCCAGUACGACCCCCCAGCCAGCCGCACCACGCGCACAGUCGGGAAUCCGCGCUCGACGACCGUGCGCGCACACCGGGAGCCGAGAUCCGGGAGCGCGAUGUAGCGCAGCAGAGGCGGGACACCGGGCCGGAUCUGGUCGAGGAACGACGCAGGGUCCCUCGGCGCCGCCACGAAAUCGAGCGUCAGUGCACGCACGCUGCGCGGGAUCAGCCACGCAGCGAGCCCCGCGGCGAGAUCGCGCGGGUACGUGAUCGUGAGCGUGCGCAGCUUGGUCAGCGUCGGCAGCACGCCCCAGACGGCGGCGUCGAAGCCGGCCGUGCGCUGGUCGGCCUCCUCUCGCACGAUGAGCGAGAGCUGCACCAGCUCCGAUCGGGCGCGCAGGAAAUCGGCGACGGCAGGGAACAGAUCGGCGCUGCCCGGUCUCCGGGCCGCCCCUGAGACGGUUAGCGAGAAGAACCGGAGGAAGGGCAGGGCUCCGCCGCUGGUGGCGUGGCGGAACUGAAUUGCCGGCAGACACUCGAUGGUGCAGGUCAGGCUGAGCGAGUCCAGCUGCCUUGCGUCGCUCAAGAUGACCGCAAACGCAUUGCUGUCCGACGGGAAGUGGCCCGAGAACGAGAUACUCGUCAAAUUACGCAGCGAAAGCGAGUCCACCGGGAAGACCCAGGACAUGUUGUGCAGCGACACAGUCCUCAGCGAGCGGUUCUGCGCAAGAAAGGCGUUUGUUGAGGUCGGAUUGCCCUCUCGCGUCGAAUAGGAAAGCGAAUGCAACGUUUUGCAGUCAAAGUGGGUCAGAUCCACCGGCGCAUCUGGGCAUCUGCUUCCUGGUUCAGCUCACGAAACGAAACUAGAUGACCUCUGCCAAACCGCUACAUACACAAUCGAGAGCCCACGAAUCCGCAGUGAAGACUGCUGCAGCAGUCGUAGCAAAGAUCGCAUUCGACAGCAUUCCUGGAGAAUAGAUAAGACGAGGCACACACAUCUGCCUUCGUUAUCACCGACCUAUUUGGAACGCCAUCGACUCGUCCUUGCCCGUGGCAUACGAAAAGACACACAACGUGCGCACCGAGCCCGAGAACGACGCGUCCUCGAUGAUGCGCGUCAGGAUAUCCGCCGUCCGUCGCGCCGCUGCGCCGGGCCCAGCAUCCGCGUCAUGAUCGGGCGGGACGCUCAAAUGCAGAUCGAGCCUGCGGAAGAGCAGACGCGACGCGACCCGCGACAGGGCGUUCGGGACGGAUAGGAGGGUCUUGAGAUCGCGGCGCGGGAGCCAGAGUGCUAUUUCGCGCCAGAUUUCGUUGGAGAAGCGGGCCUGGGCGGUCAAGGUCGGGAGGGGGGCGAGGAGCUGUUGGCAUGGCGUGAGAACGGGAACGGAAACGGGAUCUUCAGCGGCGCGUCGGACCGACCUUCUCGACGGAGAUGGAGCGGCGGUGAAGCAACGCCUUGGCUUCGGGAUUGUCCGGUUCAGCGGCCAAGGCCGCUUGGAGAUCUUAGGACCGAGAAUUUAGCAUGUUGCGGUUCGGUUUCGGCCGUGCGUAUCGACAUACACACACACUCAAACACACACCUUCUUGAGCGGCUAGCUGUAGGCCCGCAUUCAGCCGCCUCCGUGCGCGCAUGAUCCGUGCUCUGGCCACAUAAUGCGGAGACAGGGUCGCGAUUUGUAGGCAGGACUGGAUCGCGUUGUCGAAGACCGGUCGAGAAGGUCUUCAGCGGCGGGGGAAGAAAUGAAAAUCCAGGUGACGAGAGAAGAGAAACGAGACCGACCCAUCCUGAGGAAGAUGACCGAGCGCAUUCAAGAGCACGUCCGCCUUUUGGUUCACCGUUAAACAAAGCGCCACAUCACGGAUGCUCGCGUCGACGAUAUUGGGAUUGAAUACGGCGGAAUCAUGGAUGCGAUGCCCGGGGCGGCUGGACUUCGGAUUCGGAAGCAUCGGACUGGGACGCCGCUCGCUGUUCCUUUCCAUCUUUUUCUCGCUGGAUCUUUCCGGCUUCGAGACUGUUGAUGGGGGGUUCGAUUGGCUUUGUGUCGAAGGAGGGUCGAGAUACGCACGGGGACUGAAGAGCGAGAAAUUUCUCAUACGCUGUGCACCGUGAUGGCACAGGACCGGUCGGCGGUCCCCACAGCGGGGCCGGUAGAAUAGCCCCCGGGACUUUUAUAAUUUAUUCAAUUUCAAUCAUAUAGCAAACGUCAACACAUCGGCAAACAGCUGGGAUCUUCGAAGCUCCUUUCUUGUUCUCCUCCAUGACCCCAUCUCGCUGACCGGCCUUCCUCACAUUCCCCCAUCCGCCCUAGCCCUCGUCGAACAUAAGGAUAACGCCUGACAUUCUCGCGACCCUUAUCGGCUUCUCCUACCCGCCCACCACACGCAUUCCGCUGCACAAUUCGCUCUCUGAGUACGCUUCGAGAACAAUCUCGCGACUCACUCGACCAGCCCCUCGUCUUACGCUGAGCAAUCGCGUCGACUCACCCGACAUCCCCCACUAGAAAACCGCUUGUACCUCACAGUCAAACACAAACCAAUGGCCCUCACGAACCCGCCUUCCCCUGCUGCUUCCGACGGUUCUUCCAACUCCGUCUCCAGUGGACCUCCGCGCACGCCGGAAUCCGCAGAGCACCCUCCACUCAAGUCCGAGUCCCAUAACGCCGGUGGAGUCAAGCGCACCUCCAAACCUAAUCGCCGUGCAAACACCGCCGAGCGGCGUGCCACGCACAACGCUGUCGAACGUCAGCGUAGAGAGACGCUGAAUGGAAGGUUUCUGGACCUCGCUGGGCUACUUCCCAAUCUUUCCCAAAUCCGACGCCCCUCCAAAUCGGCGAUCGUCAACUCGAGCAUUGCCCAUGUCAAUGCGUCUCGCCGCCAGCGUAUGAUGGCUGCCGCCCAGCUACGCAGUCUCAAGCACGAGUGUGACGAGCUCCGUCACGAAGUCAAUCAAUGGCGCAUGCGGUCCGGGAUGCCAUGCGUCGAAGAACCAGUCCGUUCAGAAGCGUUCAGCCUUGUUUUAAGCGGCGAACUCGAGGUCGACGUCUCUGAGCUGCUAGAAGGUGACGAGGAAGACGAGGAUGAUGAGUAUCCGCCCACGAGUGCCCCUGCUCGCCCCUAUCCGCGGGGCCAGCCUGCAUCUGGCUUCAAUGGCGCUUACGGCGGAGAACGCGAGGAUUUUGCCCGCCCUCAGCACCCCGCUGACGUGAUGGGAGCGGCCCGCUACGACGUUCCCCAGACGAUAUCCAUUGGCGUCCCACAGCGCCAAUCGCACUCUCCCCCACAGUAUGCAUCGCCGAUGAUCGCGAGCCCGACGAUGGCGCCACCUCCGUUCGACCCGUCGUUGGUGUAUGACACAGGGCGACAUCUCCACCAUCACCAGCAGAUGAUGCUCCAGCAACAUCAACAACACGAGGAAAGUGACAAGUGGGCCUUCCACAAUCCGAACCAGAUUCGCCCCGGCCCGCCGGUCUGGUGACCGAUUGCAUGUAUUUCUAGUAUAGACUGAUGCCUACCCCACCCCAUCUAAUUAUCUGUCGUCUGCCUUGCCUCGUGUCGAUCAUUUUGUCUUUUUAUCGCUGUCUCUUACGAUCGACUGGUUGCUGCUGAAUGUCAUUCUUUGCUAUAUACCCAUCCCCGGGCUGCUUGUACACUACAUCGGCAGAUUGCGGAAAAAUGUUUUUGAUGUGUUUAAGAACUUAUCUCCGACGGAAGGGGAACGCUGGAGCCGACUUUCGGGUCAUCGUUUUUGUAAUCGCCGCAGAUGGCGAUUAGAUUAGAUAGAGAUGGCCCCUGCACGUGCUGGCUGGAAAGCAUCCUGAGGUAAUCCAAAUUAUUUUACCUCAUAUGCUGUCAGGAGCUUGGUGAGCGAAAUCGAUGACAUUUUUGCGGAUAUGACUGCCAAGAUAUAGAGAUUCUUGUGGAUCACCGUUCAAUGUUCAUUUCCGAGCACCUCAGAAUCCGAGGAUAGUUUUCAUGCCUGCUCGUUGAAGCAUGGCAAACCAGCUGCCCUUGGGAACGUUCGCUCCGAAGAAGAGGCGCUGAGCCCAAGCUGCCGUGGAACCUAACGGGGAAACGGUCAUCAGAAUGAGCCUUCUCUUUACCCAAGACAACGAUGGCCAGACCUUGGACAGGACCGAGUGGGCCGAAUCCAAACAAGCGGAGCAAAGGGCGCAGGAGAAAGAAGGGAGCAGGCAGCAUCAUUGCGGCAAGUAGGAAAAGAAGAGCGGCAAAUAGGUUGGGGUUUUGUUCAGCGAAAUCGCCUGAGGCUUCUGUCAGCUUGGCCAGUUAUCAGUGGUAAGAGUGCCGUAGUAUCUCACCGAGUAAGACCGUUAAGCCGGAGAUCGCAGGCGCCAAAGUCGCGUUCCAGUGCUCGCUGACGCGUGUUUUGUUGUACCCAUGCUCGGCCAGGACACCAAUGAGCGCGGCACCAGCCUUGUCCAGAGCUAUCGUCACGACCUCCAGGCGUUGCGCGUGCCCGGGAGCCAGAUCCGGAGCAGGGAACAUCGCCUGCAGCUCCUGCACGACAGCUUCCAACGCGUUUUCUAGGUCGGCGACAAUCUCGCUUUGCGUGAGGGCAAGUGUGUGCUGGUCUCCCCUCUUCUCGAUAAGUGAUGCAUCCGGCGCGGCCAGAUUCAAAAGAACAGUCGAUGCAUCCAACGCCUUCUCUGCGUAAUCCCUGAACUCGGCAACUCCAGCUUUGAGCUGCUCCGAUUGUUUGACGGCAUCGGCAAUGACGCCCUCGCUGUACGAACGGGCCCCGUCGCCGAGGUUGCGGAGAUCAGUCCAAAAGUUGUCGAGAUUAUAGCUGGAUGACGACUCGAAUGUGUUUUUGUUGUUCCACCCGAGAUGGAGGGAGGGGAAGAACACGGCAGAGAGCGCGGCCCCGAGGUAGAUCGGCAGGCUCACAGCUGCGGUCGGCUCCACCGUGAGGGCAACGAUAGAGAACAGGGGGAGGAUGUGCGCUGUUGAGAGGAGCAGCAUGGGAAAUGAAGAGAGCUCAGUUCGAGCUUCGAUUCGAGGGCUGGGAUCUUAUACAGUACGUACGUACGUAGUCAGCCUGGACCGCAUUAGCUUUGACUUCUGCCGCUGCACAUUUGCGACCUGAUGUCCCCCCGUUGUGAUGCAAAUCGAGCACGAGGCUACCCUGAAACAAGUGCGGAGAGGUGCCAUCGAAGUGCCACUACCGAGUUGGGCACAAGACGAGAGCACUGUUCAGUGUUACGGUAUGAAGUGCCUGCCAGUUGUAGUUGAUUGACAGCGGCACCGCCACUGCUACUUUUUCCAUCGACGACCAUGCCUCCCACGAGAUUCAACCCGUCAGUCAUCAAGAACAAGGAGAAGCGCGAAGAGGUUGCUCGGAAGGCUAAGAAAGCAAAGAACCAACAAAAGCUUCAAAAGCGUCUGGCACAGGCCAAAUCAGAGGCCGAUGACCCUGCCGCUAAAAAGCAACGACUUUCAGAAAAUGUUCCGAGGACGCUUGAUAACAUGCGGGAAUUCGAUCCCUCGUUUCUUACCGCCGAUCCAAGCCAGUCUUCGUCGACCGCCGCAACGCAGGAGGCGCACGCGCAAGACCUAGCAGCCGACCCCUUCGCUUCGUACUUCACUGGCGAAGAAGAUCCUUCGAUACCCCCAAAAAUCUUGAUCACCACGGGCCCACAAUCGACGAAGGCAACGUAUGCGUUUUGCGACGAGUUGGUUGGAGUGUUCCCUGGGGCGGAAUACAUCAGGAGGAAAAAGGGCAAGGGGUUCGAGAUGGGCAGGAUUGCAGGCUGGGCUGCGGGAAGGGGCUACAAGCAGAUGCUUGUAGUGAAUGAGGAUCACAAGAAGCCCAACGCGAUAACUCUGAUCCAUCUACCCAAUGGUCCCACGGCUUAUUUCAAGCUCUCAUCUGUGCAGCUGACAAAAGAUAUCUUCGCAAGUGGCCACGCGCGCGCUACGCCGCACGACCCGGAGCUCAUCCUGAACAACUUCGUCACGCGGCUGGGCCACGCUGUGGGGCGCAUGUUCCAGACGAUGUUCCCGCCGCUACCCGAGUUCCAGGGCCGACAGGUCGUCACACUGCACAACCAGCGCGACUUUCUGUUCUUCCGCAGACACCGCUACGCCUUCCGAUCCCCGGAGAAGGUUGCGCUGCAGGAGAUUGGUCCACGCUUCACGCUCAAACUCAAGUCGAUGCGGAAGGGCAUCCCUGCUGUUCAGCGAUUUGGGGAGGCCCCGAAACCGUUGGAGAUCGAGGUGGGUGAUCAAGAGGAAGAUGAGGAGAUGGCAACGGAGGAGCUGGCUAAAGAUGCCUCGGAAUCUGCUGUGGAACCGGAAACACCUGCUGCGCCAAAGCCUGUGCUGCCACCACAGACAGACGAGUUUUUAUGGCAGUGGAAGGUCACCCGAGCUGGAGACAUCACGGAAAACUUUCUUUUUGUAGCUGUGUUGUCGAACAGUACAUCAGGCAUCUGCUUCAAUCAUCGCCAUGUAAACAGAUCUGCGCUCGUGAUGGCAUGCGUUCCUCCAGAAACUCAGGUGUCUGUAUUCGAUCUGGACUUUCACUGUCUUCCUUUUACAAUGCCGCAGUCCGCUGCACUUCCCAAUCUUACGGGCUCUGUUGUUGACAGCGGGCGCCUCCGUCUUCACUCACUUGUCGGAUCCGGAGCAUAUGGCAAAAUCUACAAGGCCGAGCGGACCUCUUCUUCUACGAUCUGCGCGGUCAAGUGUCUGCGCCGCCCGAAACACUCGCGCCGGGAUGCCAAGUUUCAACAACGCGAGGCGACGCUGCAUCAGAUUGCCUCGGCGCACGAGAACGUCUUGACGAUGCACAGCACCUUCCAAGAUCGCGACCAUAAUUACUUUGUCUUCGACUACGUCGCUGGACGCGACAUGUACCGCGCCAUUCUGAACGGCCGCUACCGCCGUAACGCGGAUCUCGUGCGGCGGGUCUUCGGUGGGAUCGUCGAGGGUAUCCGCUACUGCCAUUCGCAGGGCGUGUAUCACCGGGACCUCAAACCCGAGAACAUCCUGGUCGACAUCGCCGGCGGGAACCCGCGCAUCGCUGAUUUCGGGCUGGCCACGCACGAUCCGGUUUCAGACGACUUCGAUUGCGGGAGUCCUGCGUACAUGUCUCCUGAAUCUUUCAACGUGACCUAUACCAUGUCUUACCGCCCGCGGGACAGCGAUGCGUGGGCGCUGGCGAUCAUCUUGAUCAACAUGGUCACAGAAAUGAAUCCGUGGACCCGUCCGAUCCGAACCGAUCCGCGCUGGGUUUCGUAUCUCUCCGACCCGCUCAACUUCUUGCGUGAAAUUGUCCCGAUCUCGACACAUCUCAACGAGCUGCUAGUCUGUGCCCUCGACCCGCUGCCCGUUCGGCGUCCUUCGCUUCUCGAGGUCCGCAAUGAAGUGUUGGGAAUGACGGAGCUCUAUAUGUCGCCGGAGGAACUCCGAACGGCACCCAGCGCAGUCCAGCGCGCUGCCGGGGCCACCGGAUUAGUGUGCGAUGAGAGCGACUGCAGCAGUGCUAGCGCAUCCUUAGCCGUGCGACAACUCGUCCGAAUCCCUGCUCCUGCUCCUGCUCCUCCUCCACGGGCAGAGCCGCAAUCCCAUCUAUCGGUCGUGAAGCCUCCGCGUCGGGCGUCGACUCCACGCUCCGACUGCAACACACCGCAAGAGCUGAUCGUCGAGUUUCCGCUGAUGCCAGCACCUUCCCCGUCGGCUUCGUCCCUGUCGUCUUCGAUUCCCCAGCCGCAGGUUGCGUGGUGCCAAGAAGAUCUGGACUGGGAGUUCCGCCAGGACGAAAAGCGACGACAAAGUAAGCUUCGCAAGCUGAUGGACAAGGUCGGGUCGGUGUUUCGCAGUUACGGCUUACUUCGAUUCUGCCCCACCUGUGCCGCCAAGCCGUUCGGAGACAAAGUUAACCGCGCUCGUGGCAUCGCCUUCUCAGCGCAUACAAAGCAGUUGCCCCCUCACGGAACGAUCACAUCUAUCAUGUUUUCAACGAUGCUGCUGCCCCAAUCGCUGCUAAUCCUCGUGCUUUCGGCCUCUUCCGCUCUUGCACAAGCUUCCUCGUCUUCCCGCCGUGCCAGUUCCACGAGUUUGUUGAGCAGCGCGAGCGCGAGCGUCAGCACGUCCUCGGUGGGAACACCGAGUAACUCGGCCGCCUUGCCUUCUUUGAGCGGAGUUCCCGAUUGUGUGACGAACUGCCUCGACCUGGCGGCAUCCGCCGGUCCGUGCGCGUCUGUGGCCGCGGUCGACUGUUUCUGCAUGCAGCCUGCAGCAGCGAACUAUACGUCUACGCUCCUGUCGUGUCUGCAGACGUGCCCGCAGGACGUCGCACAGGCGGAGCGCCUGGCGCAGCAGUUCUGCGCGGCGGCGGCGUCCAGCACGAGCCUCAGUUUCGCUAGCUUCGUCCCUUCGUCAUCUCGCUCCUCGUCGGCUAGUCGUAGCAGCGCGAGCUCAGGUUCAAGCGCAAGCGCGACUGCGCCGCCCAGUUCGAGUUUGAGUGCGACCCCUAGUGGAAGCGCGAAGCCAUCCAGUGCCGCUUCUGGACGAGCAGGAGGCUCUGGUCUCGCUGCAGCGGUCGGUGUGUGCUUGGCUAUUGGCGGAGGGCUCUUGGGUGUAGCUGCUGUGCUCUGAGCUUACGGCUAGACUGACGGACCGUUCAACCCCGCGCGUUUCAUUGUAUAUAUAUAUCCUUGUCACCGCGAUCGACUCAUGCAUACCCCCUCCGCUCUCUUGACUUGCAUAGACCACCACUUUAUCACACUCCUAUUGUACGCACGGACCUUCCAUACCAACUCGAGCAAACGCAUGAACUUCAGAUCUUGUAGCUUCUACUGUCAGUGGCAUGGAUGACAACCACCUGGAGAUUUGCGCGGCAAGUGACAUCGACAGUCGACGUACAGUAACACGUGCUACCAAGACCUGGUCUGAUCCGACUCUGAUGGGGUAUUCCACUUUUCCCCUACCCGGUGACAAACCAUCGCUGGCUACCGGAGGCGCCUGUCCCCAACCAUGGCGUCCCCCAACCCGUACGCCUCACCGCCGCUCGCCAGUGCGCCAUUUGCCGCACUGCAUCUGUACCCCCUCGACGACUCAUUCGUCCCAAAACGGAUUGCGCUGGGCGGCGGCCAGCGAGUCAAAAUCGCGCGGCCGCCGAGCACCAAGACGGCGUCGAACGAGCACAACGGGUUCUUCGACUCGCGGGUGCUGAGUAGGCAGCACGCGGAGGUGUGGGAGGACGGAGGCAAGAUUUUCAUCCGCGACGUCAAGAGCUCCAACGGGACGUUCAUCAACGGGGAGCGGCUCAGUGCGGAGGGCCGCGAGUCGGAGCCGUUCGAGCUCAAGAGCGAUGACAUCCUCGAAUUUGGGGUGGACAUCGUCUCCGAGGACAACACGACCGUGCUGCAUCGCAAGGUCGUCGCCCGCGUACAGUGCGUAUUCGGGAACAAACCGGUACCCGGUCCUGGCGCUGGUGCAGGCGCAGGCGCCAACCAGGGCACCCUAUUCAACAACGGCCAACGGCGCGGUGCGAUUCCCAUGAUCCACCAGGGCCUCGGUGGCAUGGGUGGCAGCACCAGGGUCCCAGGCAGAGGGCUCACGCUUGACCACAUCCUCAGCCGCCUGCAAGCUGAACUCGCCAAAAGCCGCGACACCGGCCACGACCUGCACGCGCUGACAGGGACGCUCAACGGCGUCGAGGAGACCCUCAAUGGUGGACCGGCUGCCGCAACGGCACCGGCUUUCCCGGAUGUGCUUCCCCCUGUCCGACCUGUUCCGCCACCGAAGACACUAUCUGUUCCUUCGCUUCCUACUCAGGCGCCGCCGACCUCGGAAGCUCCUGCCCCAGACGUGAUUGCGGAGCUGCAGGCGCAGCUGCGCGAGCAGCAAGAGGCGUUCGCUGUCCACGCAGAGAGUCUGCGGGCCCUGCAGACCGUCCUGGCCGAACAGGAAACGAUGAAAGCCGAGGUGCAAGCCCUGCGGGAUUACGUCGCUGCGGAUCGCGAGAGGAAUUUCGAUGAUAAUGAUGAGGAUGAGGAUGAUGACGACGAUUCGGAUGCGCAGAGCAUCGUCACUGUGGGUCCCGGCCAAGAUCUGGACACUCUGGAGGAAGUUGAGGAGCCCGAGAAUGAGGACGCCGAGCCUUCUGGCAACGACUUCCACGGCCGUUCCCAGACACCAGAACCGACUAUGGAGGAGGAGGAUGAGUCUGAAGUGCCGCCGCAGCAAGAGCAAGAGCCAGAGCCCAUCAAGCCACCUGGGCCAAGUAUCGCUGAUUUGACCACUCGUUUGGACCAGCUCGCGGCGCAAUUAGAGACCGCGUUGGCCACAUCCAGCGCGCUGGAAGCGGCCCAUGCUGCCGCGCAGCUGACGAUCGCGAAACUGGAGGCGAAGCUCGAGCGACUGGAGGCUUCGCCGGCGGAACCGCUGCCAAUCCCAGAACCCGUGCCACCAGCUCCGGUGGUGAUGCCCCACCCGGAUAUUGAUGAACUGCAUGCCGAGUUGGCUGCUGUCCGGGCGGACUUGGCUGCCGAGCGUGGGCAGCGCGAUGCGUGGACCGGUGGGCUUGACGAGCGGGUCCGGUUGAUGAUCCUCGCAGCCGGCAAGGUGACGCAGAUCAACGGGGAGGUUGAUGGGAAUGGGUGGCGCUCGCUGCCCAGUCCGACGAGCAGCCCAACCCACAGUCCCAGGCGGUACAAACGAGACAGCGUGCACUCGCUUCCGGAUGCGCAGUUUGAGCCGCCAUCGAAACAAAGUGAUACCGCGCACGAGUUAGCGAAAAAGCAGCCCAAAGCACUGAGCCGGACCGAUUUUUCGACGGCAUUCGGUGUUUUGAUACUCGGAUUAGCCGCCGCCGCCGUUCUUUGGCGCGUCAAGCCAGAGUGACCGGGGCGA